UGAAAAUGAACAGUUAGUCAAGAAGUUGAAAAAACUACAUAUAAAAAAUAAGGAGCUAGAAAAGAAUCUGGGUCAGAUCCAAGAAAAACUGCAUCUGCAGCAGUUAAUGCAUGACUAUGUCACAAGCAGAGAGUAAGAAUUGUCAAGCGUUACUUUUUGUAUCAAAAGAAGUGCAGUAUUUCAGGACUUGUACCUUGUUACUCUUCACAUGAACUAGACCUUAUGUGUUCUGCAUAUUUUGAGGGGCUGCCUGUGAACAGGAUGCUGGGGAUGGAGAAUGUUGGAGUGUUCAAGUUCAAACAGAAACCCAUUUAUCGUGUAAGGGUGGAUACAGCAAGGAUCUUAAUCUAGAGGGUGACAGUGUCAGACUACUUCAGAUGUAUAAUGAGCUACAGAAACGUUAUGUUAAAGAAAUCAAAACAAACCAGGAGCAAAGUGAAGAAAUUAAAAAUCUCACUACACUUUGGAUGAAUGUAGUUUUAAGUCAGCAAUUGAAAGCUCUAGGUUUGCAUUCAGGAUAUGUUUCCAGUUGUAUUCAGUUGAACUGUGUUUGUUCUAUGCAUUUUAAAAAUAAAGUAGUUUCUUGACAGAUUAAAAUUCAUGAGCUAGAGCAUAAUCUUCAAGAACAGAGGCAGAGAAUUCAGCAAUUGGAAAGUAAAAAGGUUUCCUGGAAAACUAGUGCUGGUUUUGGAAAAAGAAGUCGAACCCCAGAGGGAGAAGUAACAUCUCGCAGGAGCAUGUCUAAAAAGAAGGAAUCUUGUUGCAGUGAAUAUUUAGGUAAUGGUACAGUUGAUUCCUGAUGAUGUUCCUUCCAGUAUGCCCAUCACAGAGGAUGCAUUUCAUUUCUGAUCCAAAGGCACAUUCCAGGUUAUUUCUUUUAUUUCAACCAUCAGUAUCUAAAAGGUUUUUAAUUUUUGAAAACCUGUUAUGUAAAAAUGGCAUCUUGUAAUCAAUGUCCUAUCUAUGGAUCCAUCCCUGCGUUUGUUUGUGAUUAAAAAUAAGCGUUGCUGCUUUUCUCUUUUUCUGAAACUGAUAUGUUGGUGUAAUCAUGUGUAGGAGUGCAUGACUGUAUUUAGUACUCUUUAUUAUUUAUUCCUGUAAGUUGUAUCUAUGCAGAUCUCUUAGUGAUAACUUUGCUGCUCCGUUCUUUGGUUUUGAGACACUGAUACACAAAAGAACCUGUUUUUAGCCUUAAAAUAUGGGACAAACCCAGACAAUACUGGUUUCAGCAUAUUCUUUCUUAUAAAUACAUCCACAAGUUAAGGUGCAAUCCUGUUUCACUUCAGAGCUUAAAAAAAAGAGAUUGCAGAGAUCAUAUAAUGUAGGCGUAAUUUUCAGGAAGUGUGUGCUGUCAGUGAAGGCUAACGUGAACCUCUUGUAAGUCAGAAAUAAGGCAAUCAGGGCACGCAAUGCAUGUUUUGUGGAUUUUAAAGUAAAAUAAUUCCACAUUCUAAGAAUAUGGCAGACUCAGAUUAUCCAGUUGGCAGAUCCUGUUAUCUUGCAUAGUACCUGGGAGCGUGCUGGGCUGAUUCUUAAGAAAUCACUUUAUGAAAAAGGUACUUUAAAAAGCUGAACCAUAAUUUUCUAAUAUCACAAAACGUGGGCAGCUCUUUAGCUGUAAUAUGAUUCAUGUGAGGGGGAGGUUGACUGUAAUGGUUGAAGUCUAUAUUUUUUUUAUUUGAAUAUAGAGCUAUUGUUGAAGGAGAUUAAAAAGCUGAAGAAAGAAAAUGAAAAGCUGUCUACAGAAAGGAGAGCACUAAAAAAUGAAUUAGCCGGAUUAGACAAGUGAUUUUGUAGCGAUAUGAAGCCCAGCGUGGUCCUUUGAUUAGCCCCUACUGCUCUCACCCGAGAGAGAAGAACCGAGCCACUGGGAAGGAGUCUUACGCUGGUACCGCAAUGCGGAGCUCUAGCUCGACCGCUGUGAAGAGUCUUCCUUUGAAGAGGCGGCUGUAUUUCCUGCUGAAACUUGUGUGCUUUGUUGUCUCGGUGUUAAUGUUUUGUGAAUUUUUAAUUUAUUAUGUGGUGAUUUUUCAAUGUCGAUGGCCAGAAGCGAAAGGUGGAGCUCAUGUGGAUAAAAAAGAGACUUCAACUUCAGUCCUAAAGGCCAUGAUUUUAGCUGAUACUCACCUACUUGGUGAAAUCAAGGGGCAUUGGCUGGAUAAGCUAAGAAGGGAAUGGCAAAUGGAGAGAUCUUUCCAAACUGCCUUAUGGUUGCUGCAGCCAGAUAUUGUUUUUAUUCUGGGAGAUGUCUUUGAUGAAGGAAAAUGGAGCUUACCUCAGGCUUGGGCAGAUGAUGUCAGGAGAUUUCGGAAAAUGUUUAAGCAUCCGGUUUCUACUGAGCUAGUGGUUAUCGUUGGGAAUCACGACAUUGGAUUUCAUUACGAAAUGACUACUUACAAGGUAAAUCGAUUCGAAAAGGUUUUCAACUUUACUUCAGGAAAACUAAUAACUCGAAAAGGAAUAAACUUUGUCAUAGUGAACAGCGUAGCCCUGGAGGGUGAUGGCUGUGCCGUCUGCCGUACCUCAGAGGCAAAGCUUGCGGCGCUUUCUCACAAACUGAAUUGCUCCCAGCAGAAACCGAAUCAUUCUGACAAAAGGUGCAGUGAUGUGGAAAAGCUUCCAGCUUCAGCACCCAUCCUUCUACAGCAUUACCCUCUCUAUCGGAAAAGUGAUGCUGAAUGCACUGGAGAAGAUUCUGCUCCUCCAGAGGAGAAGAACAUCCCAUUUAAAGAAAAGUACGAUGUACUGUCUCAAGAAGCAUCACAAAAGCUGAUGUGGUGGUUUCAUCCCCGUUUGAUUCUCAGUGGGCACACGCAUAGUGCUUGUGAAGUGCUGCACGCGGGGAAAAUUCCAGAAAUCAGCGUCCCGUCGUUCAGUUGGAGGAAUAGAAACAAUCCUAGUUUCAUCAUGGGCAGCAUAACACCAACUGACUUCUCCCUCCAAAAAUGCUUCCUUCCGUAUGAGAGCAGAGUCUUUACUGUAUACUGUGCAGCAGGUGCUCUGCUUGUAAUCCUGAUACUAGCUCAUUUUCAGCUUCUCACUCCACCAUUUUAUUUUGCUCAGCGUUUAAUCAGUAAGCAUAAAGCAGUAUGAAGAGCCAGACAUCUGCAUUCAGUCACUGAAAUACCAAAGCUGAGAACAGUCAAACAUCAGACUAUAUUCAUGCCAGCAAAUGACCUAAUUUGAUUGCUAGUCUGAAGGCAGGCUGCAUUUACACAUACCAUAGAAGUCCUAUACAGCUGAUAUGACUACUACAGGAUAAAUAAUUAAUUGAAAUGAACGUUUCAUGCUGUACAAAAAUACUGUAUUCUACAAUCGAAUGAGUCCUUUUCCUGCUAUAAUUUUUGUAUCAAAUAUGUAUAUUAAAAGUGUAACUGUACAUUAUGUAAAUUCUAUAGCCUCAUCACUUGUCUGCACUAGUGUCUUACCCUGGUGGAGGCUCAGUCCUGCAAACUGGAAACGUUUCUCUGUUUUAUUGCUGCGUGGCCCUUCUAAUGUCAUACUUCUGUUUGUUAGGGUCAGGCAGAAACUAGAUACAUCAGCACUGAGAGGUGCGGAUUUCCAUAACCUUUUUUAGGAUGUCAUAUGUGAGGGACUGUGGUUUAGGACAAGAAGUCUUCCAGUUCCUGACACAUUAAAUUGUUAGCUGACUACAAUUUGCAGUUAUCGUCUACCAGACAACAACGGGAAGAAGCUUGUGGAUCCAGUUUGCUGAUACGCACUUGAAACCUGCUUAAAAAAAAAAGUAAAUUAGGGUGACACCUCAAGCUGCUGUUUUUAGAAAGAUGUGCUAUGAUGAGCUUAAAAAAAAAAAAAAAAAAAGAGGGCCCUGUUGCAUCCCAGAGAUGUGUGUGGUGAGGGGCCCUCCGCUUGCCAAUCUUCUGCAAGAAGGAAGGUCAAAUACAGCUGCAGUAACAUUAGCCUAUGCCUUGGCCCUCGGUCUACGGGCAGAUAGGGAUAGGAAUGCCUGUCGGGUUAGAUUCCUGCAGGGCCGCCAAGUUCUGUUAACUUAUUGUAGAGUCGCAUUUGGAACCGCACUAGCUCUUCCGUGGGGAGGCGGAGGCCGCCAGCCCCAGCGGAACUGGGCCACAGCAUCCCCCCAGCCUGGAUGGCAGCAUGGAGGACGUAAAAUCUGAGCUCAGCGUCUUUGCCUGCUGUGUAUGAGGGAGGACGCGACAAAACCUACCACUUCUCCCCACCCGCCCCAGAAAAACCAGAGGGACUGCAUCACACCAGGACCAGUUUUCCCGCUGACGUUCCUGCAGAGGCUGGGAGCUCGAACCCCACCUCCCGGGCUGGAGGCUCUUUUUAAGGAAAAGACUGUAUCUGUUGUUAUUCGCUCUACUACUUUCUUUGGCAUGGGAAGCGAGAGAAUCUUUGCAUUCAGGAAUUUUGUUUAUUAUUAGCUUAUUCCACCCAGCCUUUCAUUUUUGGGGAAAUAGCUAAUGACCCCAUUGAAUGUGCAGAUAUCAAAGUGUACAUGUUUCUGGGAAGAGGAAACGAUCGUGUUGCAGUAUCUAAAAUGGGAUUCUUUUUUUUAUCGUCAAAUAGAAACAAGUUCUCGACUCAUCUGUAAUCUGAAUUUAAAAAGAUGACUGAUUGGGGUUUAUAGGAAAAAGUUAAUCAAACCUGCUGAUUUAUAGGCCAGUGGGGGCAAGGUGUUAGCUCUUUAUCUCUCCCUAAAUUUCAAAUGACGUGUGUGUGUGGGGAAUGGUCCGAAGUGUGGUAAAACAUUCUGUAAAGUAAUGUAGUCUAACACUUCUCUAGGUUUCUGUUAUUGCAACUGUAAUUUUCGACAUUUGUACAGGUUAUCUUGGACACAGGAAAAGUAUAUAGUCACAG